GCAUCUGACUACGGUUCCGUCAAUAUUGGGCCAUCACUCACUGUUAAAACCACACCGGCUGGCCCCAGAUUGAUUCUUACUGUUGGGGAGCCUCUGCUCGUCAAAUGUGAAGCCUUCGGAGAACCCGAGCCUGAGGUUGAAUGGCUCCAUGACCCUGGACCAGAACGAGGUGAUCUCCCUGACGAUUACAAGCCGGUCACUAUAUCUGAGCAGUUCAUUCGACAUCCUGCUAUCGGUCUUGGAAAUGCAGGAGCAUAUACUUGCAAGGGAUCGAACAGCCAUGCGACGGCCACCAAGAACAUUUACAUUGAAGUAGUGGAACCGUCCAGAGUCGCCACUGUUUCUAUUCUUGGAGGAUCAUCGCAAUGGUUCGAACAGGGAGAACCGGCGCAACUUAUUUGCACAGCUACUGGGAGCUCUCUUGUUGACAGGCUUGAAUGGAUUAAGGUUGACGAUCAACUGCCAACAGACGUUGAAGAGCACAACGAGCCCGGUCUACUUCAUUUCCCCAAUUUCAAGAAUUCCUAUGCUGGAGAGUAUGAAUGCCGUGGAUACCGUAACAAUGAACUUAUCGCAUCGAGCUCAGUUAUGGUCUAUUCUUCUACGGAUGAGACUGAAGACGCUAAGGUAAUCAGAUUUAUUUAG